CUCAUAAUUUUUUUAUUUUUUAUAUAUAUAUAAAUUUUUAUAAAAAGAGGUGAAAAAUUAGGAUACCAUUUUUCACGGCGAGUGAAUGAGAGACAAGUAAGUUAAUAAUUAUUUAAAGAAUCAGUUUUUGGGUUCCAAAAUGGGGAAGAGACCAAUUGUUGUGUUAUCUGAUGACGAUGAUGAUGAUUUUUCACCUAAGCUUAACCCGAAUUACUCAAAGAGAUCGAAACCGAAACCGAAACCGAAAGCGGCAUCUGUACCACGGAAAAGAUACCCUCACCCUCCUCCUGAUGAUAACAACAAGGGAGCAAAGAAAGCCCGGAUUUCGGCUUCUCGGUCACAUCCUCCUGCCAAUCCUUUUCAUGAGAUGAAACUUUUCUGUGAGGAUUUUGAUGAAGCUUUCUCCGGGUUUCAAGGCCAUAAAAGGGACAACAAAGAAUCAUGGUUGGAAAAGUAUAGGCCACGUUCUUUGGCAGAACUAUGUGUUCAUAAAAAGAAGGUAGAAGAGGUAAAACUUUGGUUUGAAGAAAGAAUCAAGUUCAGAAAGGAUGAGUAUUGUAAUCAUGUUCUUCUUAUUACCGGACAGCCAGGAGUUGGAAAAUCUGCAACAGUCCAUGCAAUUGCGUCUCAACUUGGAGUUACCAUACAUGAAUGGAAUACUCCUACUCCCACAAUUUGGCAAGAACAUGUACAUACUACCAGUGCAGGCUUACGCUACAUUUCAAAAUUGGAUGAAUUUGAAAAUUUUGUUGAUAAGAUAAGGAAAUAUGGAUUGAUUUCUUCGCAUUUGACCGGGGAAACAAAAAAGCCAGUUAUCAUCUUAAUUGAUGAUCUCCCAGUAAUAAAUGGAAAAAUUACUUUUGGCAGACUUCAGCGCAGCCUACAUCUUCUUGUGCAAUCUGUACGUACCCCAACUGUCAUAUUAAUUACAGAAUAUGGUAGAUCAGACACUGCUGAUUACACAUCACGAUGCUGGGAAGAACUUCAAACGUCUCUGCAUAGUGCCGGGGCUUGUAAGGUGGCUUUUAAUCCAAUCACAGCGAACUCUAUUGUAAAGACGCUUUCCAAGAUUUGCAGAGGCGAAAAUGUUAAAAUUACAGCUGACCAGCUCGAUGCCAUAGCUAAAGCCAGUGGUGGUGAUAUCAGACAUGCAAUCACAUCUUUGCAGUACUUCUGUCUGAAAUCAGAAUCGAUAGAAAAGGGCUCUCACAAGAUAGAUAACCUGGAUGAUCUAUAUUCCCUGCAAUUUGGCAGGGAUGAAACUCUCUCCCUGUUCCAUGCACUUGGAAAGUUUUUGCACAAUAAAAGAGACGCAGAAACUGUGACUGCAUCUGAUUUGGAUUCUAUACCCUUAAAGGAGAACUUUACAAGAUUACCAAUGAAAAUGGAUGCACCUGAAAAGGUCCUUGGUCAAGCACAUGGUCAAGCAAGGACUGUUGCUGACUUUUUACAUGAAAAUGUUCCAGAUUUUCUGCAUGAGGAAGCUAUGGAUGAUGCAUCAGUGGUGGCUUCUUAUCUAAGUGAUGCUGACACACUUCUUGCUUCACUUAGUGGAGCGCUGUCUUGGAAUUAUGAAGCUGAGAACAUUAUCCAGUCAACUGCUGCAUUAGUUGCAGCACGUGGGGUGAUGUUUGGUAACCAUCGGCCUAUAUCUAGGUGGCAUGCCAUUCGUCGCCCGGUGAUGUGGCAGGUUGAGCAAUCACAAUGGCGCAACAAGAACGAGAUGUUAGGACAAAGAUCUUCUGCAUACAAUGGUGCGAACUUAUCUGAUCUUUCGAUCAUUGCCACCGAAUGGGGACCUGCUCUUAAGUGGCUAGGGUCCAGAGCACACCAAGGAUCAACUGGUGGUGACAUGUUUGACGGCAAGGAGAUUUGUGAUGGUGGCGGAAGUGAUGAUGAUGAUGAAAUAGAAGAUUGGUAGAUGGUGACAUAUAAGAAUGCCAGAUUUUGUAUAUUUUGAGGGUAGCAAGCUUGGUGUAGUUUUUUUGUAAAUGGUGUCAAUUUACUUUAGAGGCUGAUCGGUUUUUGAAACUAUAUAUUUGGUGGUUCCAGGAAUGCAAAUUGUGUUAUUAUUUUUAACAAAGCUGGUUGCAUUGUGUUGUUUUAUAUAUAACACGUAAGCUUUGAGUUAC